AUCUUUUAUGCUUUCAACACAAGUAUUUAACUCUUUUGCUCAAAGACAAAGUAAUGGAAUAAUCAAAUUAUUGGCUUAUGGUGUCUUCUUUGGUGGAGCAUAUGGAUGUGCAUGGCAUCAAUGGAGAGGAGCUCAAUAGAAAUAAUUAUACGAAAAGGUUGAAAAUGAAAUCACUGAAUGGAAACCUGUGGCCAUCAAUGGAUUAAAUGCAAAUAGAUAUCCCUGGGCUCGUAAUCUUAGGGAUUGGGAAUACAAAUUAGUCAAAUUAUAUGGAUAUUUCAGAGUACUCAAUUGAUAUAACUAUUAUAGGAUGAAAGAUUUUUUGUUAGAAGAGAAAGAGAAGGCAGAGAUGGUUUUCUUGUCUUUGCUCCUUUUGUAACAGCCUUGCAAUUUAACGAUACUGAAUAGGAUCCAGAACAAACCACCAAAUCUUAAGUGAUGGUUAAUUUGGGAUGGGUACCAAAAGACAAUAUCAGUGAUAUCCAAAUGGGACAAGAACCCAUCGGCACUACUGUAUAGAUCGUUCAUAUAUCGAUAAGACUUAUGAGAAUGUCCCCCACAAUGAAGAUGAUGAUUAAUUGACAGGGUUCAAUAGGAAUAUUUUGAACAUGGAAGAAGAUUACUAAAUGCCCUUUGUUGAGUUCGUUGGUAUGGUCAGAAAAGGAGAGGAGGAAGACAUCUUGAAAGGACGUCGAAAUUGGCCAAGAGAAGGUGUGUACAAUUACAUAGACUUAUGGUUCAUGUCUAGAUUAUACAGGUCUUUCAAUUUGGUAUGAGAAUAUGCUCUAUUCAAAUAGACCGAUAGCUCUUCUGCCUAUAUAGAAAGAUUGGUGCAAGAGUAUGAUGAAGAAUCUGCCAAUUUGUAUCCCAUCCCAGCCACCAAAGACAACUUCGACAAGCCUUUACCUACACCGCAGACUCAUUAAGCUUAUUCAUUAUUUUUCGGGCUAUCAUCUAUAAUGUCUCUAGCACUUUUGGCCAUUAGAAGAUGAUUUAUCAACAUUAAAAAUAUUACCAAAUUCCAAAACAUAAG